AUGGCGUCCUACUCCCACAACCAGCAUGGAGAGGAGGAGAGUCUACUAGGGGAGCGACGCCAACCUAUUCGAAAGCGAUCGAGCUCACCCAUGAGGUUUCUGGUCACCAUGGCCUUUUUCGGAAUCAUAGCUAUUUCGGCCGUUCGUUUCAUGACUGGGACGGAAUACAAGUCACAUUCCACAACAGUGGUGUCCAGCCCAAGUGACCAACCCACGCAUCCUCUCCUUUCUAGGUCGAAGAGUGCCUCGCAGAACGAACAUGCCUGUAAUACAGUCAAUGGCGGGUACCAGUGCAACCCCGCGAUAUCACACCAGUGGGGUCAAUACUCUCCCUACUUCUCUCUAUCGGAAAAGUCAGCUAUCUCGGACGAUGUUCCUACCGACUGUCAGAUCACAUUCGUUCAAGUCAUCUCUCGCCAUGGCGCCCGAUAUCCUUCCAGCAAGAAGAGCAAAAAAUACGGGGCUCUUAUUGAUGGUAUUCAAGCGAAUGCAACUGCAUACAAGGGCAAAAUGUCAUUUUUGCGCUCAUACGAAUACAACCUGGGUGCUGAUGACCUGACAGUCUUUGGUGAGCGUCAAAUGAUUGGCUCGGGGCUGAAGUUCUACCACCGCUACGAAUCUUUGACCAGACAAGCCGUGCCUUUUGUGCGUUCGUCUGAUUCUGUGCGCGUCAUUCAAUCUGGAGAGAAGUUCAUCAAAGGGUUCCAACACGCCAAGUCCCACGAUAAAGAUGCCAAUCACGGACAAAAGAGUCCUGAGAUCAGUGUUGUCAUUUCUGAAGCAGAGGGCUCAAAUAACACUCUCAAUCACGCCGAUGUCUGUACAAACUUUGAAAACAGCAGCCUGGGCGACGAUGUUUCCGACAACUACACGGCUAUCUAUUGGCCCGCUAUUCGAGCUCGGCUUGAGGCAGAUCUUCCAGGUGUUACGCUCGAAGAUGGUGAUGUGACCAGCCUAAUGGAUCUAUGCCCCUUCGAGACUGUCUCCCAGAGUCACAAUGUCACCGGCCAGUCGCCAUUCUGUGAUCUGUUCACCGAAACCGAAUGGACGCAGUACAAUUAUCUUCAGUCACUGGGCAAGUACUACGGCUAUGGGGCGGGUAACCCACUUGGUCAAACUAUGGGAGUUGGAUUCGUGAACGAGCUUAUCGCUCGGCUGACCCAUACCCCUGUGCACGAUGAUACGACUACAAACCACACCCUCGAUGCCCCUGGUGCUCCUAGUUUCCCCCUCAACCACACCAUGUUUGCGGAUUUCACCCACGACAAUGGAAUGAUUCCUAUCUUCUUUGCCUUGGGGCUAUAUAACAGCACCAAGCCCCUUCCUCGCACUCACCUACAGAGUCCUGACAAGGCUGAUGGCUAUUCAGCUGCCUGGACGGUGCCCUUCGCUGCCCGCGCUUACAUCGAGAUGAUGCAAUGUCGCUCAGACCCAGACCCAGAGCCGUUCGUCCGAAUUCUUGUCAACGAUCGCGUCGUCCCAUUGCAUGGAUGCUCAGUUGAUUCAUUGGGCCGUUGUCGCCGAAAGGAUUUCAUCAACGGGCUCACUUUUGCACGUUCAGGAGGGCGAUGGGAUCAAUGUUUUGACGAGUGA